UUUUAUAACAAUUUUUAAUUAAUUUUCAUGAUUAAAAUAUCGAGCGGAGAGCGAACAGCUGCAGCUGUAUUAACCAAACAUCUCUAAAAUGGACCAACCGGUGUCCGAUGUGAUAAGCCACGCUGUGGCCCAUAUUCCUUAUUUAUCGGAAACACCGUGGCUAUUUUAUCUUGUAGAGGUCCUUAUCACCAGCGGAAUCGUGCGCUUCCUUCAGGAAUUUAUCGAACAAAGCAGGGUCUCCGUUUUUAUCGAAGAGUUUUUCUGUAUACUCCAGUUAAUUAUUCUCAGCCAUGAAAACUUGGUGAUACAGAAAGCGUAUGGGGAUUUGGCGUUCGCGGUGGUUUUACUGCUGUCCUGCUAUCUGUACGGACGCACCUUCCGGACUGGUGUUUUCACAAAUGUAGCGGGCAAUGUGCACGUGUAUGCGUUCGGGAAUUAUUGGCCGUGGGGCGAAUUUGUGGGGCACAUUGUGACACAGUUGCUAGCAUCGUAUUGCGGCUAUUGGUAUGUGCGAUUUGUAUGGGCAGUCGCCGCCACUGAUGCAGCUCACAAGGGCAAAUUAUCGGAUAUACAGUCAUGUUCAUCGCACAUCCAGAUCAACACGGCAGCUGCCGUCGCGGUGGAAAUGGCUUUGACAUUUCUGUUCCGACUAAUGAUCCAUAGAGAAAAUCGAUUCCGAUCCGGAUUGGUGUUGGUCAGCCUGAUGGCGGUGGCGAUGACAUUUGCCGGAUGGAACUUGACUGGUGGUUAUUUUAAUCCUUCCUUGGCCUUCAGCAUGGAGUUUAACUGCAGUGGACAUAAUCAUCUGCAGUUCUUCCUUGUCUAUUUCCUGGGACCGAUCAUAGCAGCGUUUAUUGUCGGCAAACUAGGAGAUAAAAUCUGGAGUUUUGUACCGCAUUUCUUUGAAGAUCAUUUAUAGUUCUUUCGUUUUAGCUUUGUUAUUCAGUGUAAGGAGUCCAGUUAUUACUAGUAUUGUGUACCGGUCGGCUGCGCUAAGCUUUUUUCUUGUUAAAGACAUACUAGCAAUACAUUGUAACAGAGUUAUUUCCGUACUGCGCAACUGCAUAUUGGUAAAGUACAGUAGUCGUACUGUUUAUUAAAUACCAGUUGUGCGCGUGAGUAGCAGAUAUUAAAAAUUACUAU